UACACAUCCAUUCUCAAAUCUUUUUAAUGUAUCAUUUCUCUGUUUUUCUCUCCUUCUUCUAUUUUUGUUCUUUGUUGCUUGACUCACAAGGAACAAAAACGAUAUCUCUCUGUAAUCGUAGGAGAUGAAUAAGGGCUGUGGAAGUGGAAGUGAUUCUUGUUUAUCGUCAAUGGAGGAGGAGCUUCAUGUUUUAGCAGUAGAUGAUAAUCUAAUUGACCGUAAACUUGUUGAGAGAAUCCUCAAGAUCUCUUCUUGCAAAGUGACAACUGCAGAAAACGGGCUUAGAGCUUUAGAAUAUUUAGGCUUGGGAGAUCCACAACAGACUGAUUCAUUGACUAAUGUAAUGAAGGUGAAUCUCAUCAUCACUGAUUAUUGUAUGCCAGGAAUGACAGGUUUUGAGCUGCUUAAGAAAGUGAAGCAGGAAUCAUCGAAUCUAAAGGAAGUACCUGUUGUGAUAUUGUCUUCAGAGAACAUUCCUACCCGCAUCAACAAAUGUUUAGCGAGUGGAGCACAGAUGUUUAUGCAGAAGCCACUGAAACUAUCUGAUGUAGAGAAACUGAAAUGCCAUCUUUUAAAUUGCAGAAGCUGAAGGUAGAUCUGCUUAGACUCAAAUGCUCA